CCUAUAUAGGAGGAAAGGGUGGGUUUCAUGAGAAGAGACUGGAGCACAGCGGACAGUGGUUCCUGCAUCUGAACUGCACUGAGCACAUACACUGGACUCAGGAUUAUCAGGCCUUUAUUUGCUCACAGUCAUGGGACAGCUGUCCUCUUCACCUGAGGAUAAACGUCACAAAGAUUUGGCCUCCAGCUUUACCCAGUAUUUUAACAAGUUUAAGACAGUAGACACAAUUAUUCCUCAGAAAGCCCUGACUUUAAUUGAAUCAAGCCUGAAAAGAGGAAACAUUCAGGGGGCAAACUCUUCGAUCUCCGAUGCAUUAAAAGAAAUUGACAGUACCCCACUCAAUGUGGCUGUAACCGGAGAGACUGGAGCAGGGAAAUCCAGCUUCAUCAAUGCACUGAGGGGGGUUGGGCAUGAAGAGGAAGGUGCAGCUGAAACUGGUGUGGUGAAAACGACCAUGAAGAGAUAUCCAUACAAACACCACAAUAUUCCCAAUGUGGUGAUUUGGGACCUGCCUGGUAUUGGAAGCACAAAUUUCCCACCCAAAGACUAUCUGGAGAAAAUGAAAUUCAAUGAGUAUGACUUCUUCAUCAUUGUUUCUGCCACACGCUUUAAGAAAAACGAUAUAGACCUCGCCAAAGCAGUCAGCCUGAUGAAGAAGGAUUUCUACUUUGUGAGAACCAAAGUGGACUCUGACAUAAAAAAUGAAAAAGAAUUCAAACCAAGAACCUUUGACAGAGAGAAAGUCCUGCAGCAGAUCCGCAACAGCUGUGUGAAGACCUUUCAGGAGAGUAACAUUGAAGAACCACCAGUCUUCUUGAUCUCUAACAAACAUUUAUCUGACUAUGAUUUCCCAAUCCUGAUGGAAAAGGUGAUGAAUGCUCUCCCUGUACACAAACGACACAAUUUUAUGCUCUCCUUGCCUAAUAUUACAAGUGCAGCCAUUGAAAGGAAGCAGCAGUUCCUGAAUCAGAGGAUUUGGCUCGAAGCCUUUGGGAGUUUCCUACUGAGUAGCAUCUCUUCACUGACCCACUUAAUGGGCAGUGAUGUGGAGACUCUUCAGAAAACCAUGAACCACUAUCAGACUGUGUUUGGUGUGGAUGAUGUGUCCUUGGAGAGUCUGGCUAAGGACUGGUAGGUGUCAGUGGAUCAACUCAAGGCAAAGAUGAAAUCUCCUAAGGUGUUCGAAACCACAGGGAAAGAAACAAUAAAAGAAAGACUUUCAAGACAUUAUGAGGAGUUCUGUUUGUCUAAUGGACAUUUAAUUACAAAGAAUGUUAAUGUUAAAGAGUUGUUUUGCCUGAAAUUGCAUUUCCUUGACAUGGUAACAGAUGAUGCUAAUGCUCUCCUCAGAGAGAUUUAUUUAAGAAACAACUUGAUUUCUGAAUAGUCUGAAAUCAUGUAGCUGCCAAACAUCAGAAUCAAUGACAGGGAAAAUAGGACAAGGACAUUGUAAAACAAUAUAUUGGGUUUAUUCAGGCCAUCCAGACUUUACCCAAACUUGCUAGUCAUAUAUCCACUUUAGCUGCAGGAAGGGGAUCAGAUAUGUGUAAAAAAGCUAAGAGCUAAAAUUCUAUCUCCUCAUUUUGAAUAAACCCUCAGAUCAAUUAAUUGCAAUUUUGUUUUAAUUACUUUAAUAUAAAUCAGCAUCCACUUUUACGUUUAACAUUGUAAUAGUCAGUGUUGUAGACAGAAUCUAGAAUCACAUGGGAGAUGAACCUCUGGGUUUAGAUUUGGGGAAUUUUUCUGCUUAUGUUAAUGUGGUGAGAAACCUUGCCCACCGUGGGUGGUGCCAAUACCUAGCUAGUGACUACCUGACUGUGUUUGUGGAAAGAAAGGUUAAGUAGCUGCAUAUUUGCAUUCAUCCAUUACUCUCUACUUUUGCAUUGUGGGUGGAGUGCCACUAGCUGCCACCAGCUGCUUCUGUAACCUCUUGGUAACCAUGGCCACUAUAACCUUGAAUUUGAUACUUGUGUCUUCUCUUGAUAGCCAUACCCAAGGAGAAACCAUACCUGGACUGGAGAGAUGGUUCAGUAGAUAAAGCACUUGCCUUGCAAAUCUGAAGACCUGAGUUCAGCUCCCCAGAGGCCACAUAAAGCCAGCUUAGUAUCUAUAAUCCACCCACUCCUAUGGUGAGAUAGGAGGCAGACACAGAGAAUCCUGGAAUCUCUGGGGCCAGCUAACCUGCCAUAUGCAACAGUGAAUAAGACGCCUGACACAAGGAAGUAG